AUGCCUUCUAUUUAUUUAUCAAUCAUUAAUAAUGGCUCAAGUCCAAAUACUAGACUUGAUGUUAAUGCGAUUACUGAAUUUAUUAAUGAGGUUACGUUUUCUUAUUUUAAAGAUAAAAAGAAAUAUUACAGACGUUCUCGAUAUAAACGUAAUGAUGGAAAUUGGAACAGAGCUCAAUAUUUAUCAGACUUAAAUGAGUUGAAAAUAAAUUUUAUAAAAAAAAUUGGUGUCCCCUAUCGACGUGGUUUUCUUUUAUAUGGUAAACCUGGAACUGGAAAAACUACAUUAAUAAACAUCAUAUCAUCUUAUUUGUCACGAGAUCUCUAUUAUCUUAAUCUCAAAGAAAUUAAAAAUGAUAAUGAUAUGAGUGCUGCUUUUAGUUCUGUUCCACCGAAUCAAAUAAUUGUUCUUGAAGAUGUUGAUACGCAAUCAAAUAUUCUGUAUAAAAGAGAUAAAAGCGGUAAUACUCGAGCAUUACGAGCGUUAGCCUUUCGUUCAAAAACUACCCAACGUAUGCUGCGGUUUUUAGUUAGAGGUGCAGAAAUCGAAAGACAUAACCCUCGAGAGUUCUCAGGGAAGUAG